GAGGAGCGCACUUGCCCCCGGCCGGGGAGGCGGCCCCGGCUGCGGAUUACAAACACGGGCCGCUGCCCCGCGCGCGGAGAGGCGCCGCUGCCCGCGGGAGGCGAUGGGGAAGGCGAGACCAGUUGCAGCGUGAUGCCUCUGGCUCAUACACAAUGAAGAGGAGCUUUUGGAUUUCCUAGUUCUUCAAGGGGGAAGAUUCAGAGGAGACUACCGGCGCAUCUGCUGCUUCAACAUGUCCGGGUCUACGCAGCCUGUGACCCCGAGCUGGAGGGCCGCGGAGCCGCGCUACCCCACUCACGCCAUGUCCUACCCUGUUCAGAUUGCUCGGCCACACGCGGAUGUCGGGCUCCUGGAGUAUCAGCAUCAUUCCCGGGACUACAGUUCCCACCUGUCACCUGGAUCUAUCAUGCAGCCGCAGCGGAGGAGGCCUUCCUUACUGUCCGAAUUCCAGCCAGGGAAUGAAAGGUCUCAGGAAUUGCACCUGCGGACAGAGGCCCAUUCCUACCUCUCUGACCUAAGCAAGCAGUCAGAUAUAGAGUACAUUGAAACAAAAAGACCACGACUAGACUUGCUGCAAGACCCGCUGAUGCGGCACUCGCCUCUCCUCAACCAAAACCAACAAGGAGGGACAGAGGAUCUCUCAAAGGACCGGGGCCUGACUGGCAAGCUGGAACCUGUGUCUCCGGUCAGCCCUCCUCAUCCCGACUCUGAGCUGGAUCUGUUGCCAUCCAGGCUGUCGAAAGAGGAGCUCAUCCAGAAUAUGGACCGAGUGGAUCGGGAGAUCACAAUGGUGGAACAGCAGAUCUCCAAGCUGAAGAAGAAGCAGCAACAGUUGGAGGAGGAAGCGGCCAAGCCGCCAGAGCCGGAGAAACCUAUCUCGCCCCCACCAAUCGAGUCCAAACACCGCAGCUUAGUGCAGAUCAUCUAUGACGAGAACAGGAAAAAAGCAGAAGCUGCCCACAGGAUACUGGAAGGACUGGGGCCUCAAGUGGAGCUGCCAUUAUACAACCAGCCUUCAGACACCAGGCAGUACCAUGAAAACAUUAAAAUAAACCAGGCAAUGCGGAAGAAGUUAAUUUUGUACUUUAAGAGGAGAAAUCAUGCUCGUAAACAGUGGGAACAAAAGUUUUGCCAGCGCUACGACCAGCUGAUGGAAGCCUGGGAAAAGAAAGUGGAGCGCAUAGAGAACAACCCCCGGCGCCGCGCCAAGGAGAGCAAAGUGCGCGAGUACUAUGAGAAGCAGUUCCCUGAGAUCCGGAAGCAGCGGGAACUGCAAGAGCGCAUGCAGAGGGUAGGACAGAGGGGCAGCGGUCUCUCCAUGUCGGCUGCGCGCAGCGAACACGAGGUGUCGGAAAUUAUUGACGGGCUCUCGGAGCAAGAGAACCUGGAGAAGCAGAUGCGCCAGCUCGCCGUCAUCCCCCCCAUGUUGUAUGAUGCUGACCAGCAGCGCAUUAAAUUCAUCAACAUGAACGGCCUCAUGGACGACCCCAUGAAGGUCUACAAGGACCGGCAAGUGAUGAACAUGUGGAGCGAGCAGGAGAAGGAAACCUUCCGGGAAAAGUUCAUGCAGCAUCCCAAGAAUUUUGGGCUGAUCGCUUCAUUUCUGGACAGGAAGACGGUGGCAGACUGCGUCCUCUAUUACUACCUGACAAAGAAGAAUGAGAACUACAAGAAUCUCGUGAGAAGAAAUUACCGGCGGCGGGGGAAAAACCAGGUAAGAGAAGGGAAGCGGCGCACGAGGCUGUUUCAGCAGCAGCAGCAGCAGAUGCCCCGCAGCAGCCAAGAAGAGAAGGAUGAAAAAGAGAAGGAAAAGGAGAAGGAGGCUGAGAAGGAGGAAGACAAGCAGGAAUCUGAAAACGACAAAGAAGAACUGACAAAGGAGAAGAAUGACGACACAUCUGGGGAGGAUAACGACGAAAAAGAAGCCGUUGCUUCCAAAGGACGCAAAACUGCCAACAGCCAGGGCCGGCGCAAAGGCCGCAUCACCCGCUCCAUGGCUAACGAGGCGAACAACGAGGAGGCAGCUACCCCACAGCAGAGCGCAGAGUUGGCUUCUCUGGAGAUGAAUGAAAGCUCUCGCUGGACGGAAGAAGAAAUGGAAACUGCUAAAAAAGGUCUCCUUGAACAUGGGCGGAAUUGGUCUGCCAUUGCCAGGAUGGUGGGCUCCAAGACCGUGUCGCAGUGCAAAAACUUCUACUUCAACUACAAGAAAAGACAGAACCUGGACGAGAUCCUACAGCAGCACAAACUAAAAAUGGAGAAAGAGCGAAACGCCAAGAGGAAGAAGAAAAAAGCCCCCACCGUGCAAAAUGAAGAGGCGGCCUUCGCUCCUGCCGCGGAGGACGAGGAGAUGGAGGUAUCGGGGAUAAGCGGCAACGAAGAGGAGAUGGCUGAGGAGGCAGAAGCUGCAGUAAACAACAGCUCGGAUACCGAGAGCAUUCCCUCGCCCAGGCCCGAAGCGAAGGAGAGUGGUGAGAACGGGCCAAAGCCGGCACCCGGGCCCGGGAGCGACUCCAGCGCGGAACCGGCCAUCAAGAUGGAGGAGGCUCCUGCCACUGCCGCUGCAGACACCACUCCUGCUGCUGCCAGCACCCCUCAGCCUCCGGAAGCAGUCACUGAGCAGGCCAGCAAUGAGGAGAAGCCACAGGAGGAACUGGUGGUGGACGUGGUGAAAACAGAGGAGCCGGAGGAGAAGCCAAGUGAGGAGCCCUGCAAGAGCGAGAUCAAAAAGGAGGAGAGCGAGGACUGUCAGGAGAAAGACAAGGGGGACGACAAGAAACAGGAGAGUAGCAGCAGCAACGGGGGCAUGGCGGGAGCAGAGGGGACCCCCAAGGCUGAGAAGAAGGAGAGCCACAAAACGGGCAAAGCCUCCGGGAUCAAUCCGGACAGCGACUCAAGUGCCACCUGCAGCGCGGACGAGAUGGACGAGCAGGAUACCGUGGACAAGAACAGGCUGCUGUCUCCAAGGCCCAGCCUCCUCAAUGCUGCCAACGACGCGCGGCUGAACUCUUCGCCUCAGAAGCCGUUGGACCUGAAGCAGCUGAAGCAGAGAGCUGCUGCGAUCCCCCCCAUUAUUUCGGAGGGUUUCCCGGAAGGGGUGCUGCAGAGUGGAAGCCUGAAGUCUCAGGUGCCUCCCCAUGCUUUGGCCCUGUACCAGCAGCAGAUCACGAAAGCUCACGAGUCCUCCCGGGAGGAAGUGGCCCAGAGCAAGCCACCCCAGCCACUGCUGCCACAGCAGCAACCUGAAAAGGAGCCACUGCAGCCCGGCAGUAGCCCCAGAGGGAAGAGCAGGAGUCCUGCAGUUGGUGACAAAGAAGAGAAGCCAGCCCACUUCUCCAUCGCAGAGGGACAGAAGCUGGGUGGGGAGCAGCCUGUAACCUCCUGCUGGCCCCCUGUGCUGUCCUUCCAGAUGCCCUCCAGGGAAGUAAUCAAAACUUCCCCCCAAGUUGAGCCACACCUGUUCCAGUACAACCCUCCAGGGUCCUUCACGCCUUAUAUUUUGUGCGCAGGGCACCCAAUCCCAUUAAAUUUACAUGAGAGCUCUCGGCCUGGACUGCAAAGGCUGCCUGCUAUCUCCAACCCUCCCCCUCUCAUCUCAUCCACUAAACACUCCUCAGUGUUGGAGAGGUCCAUUGGCUCCAUUUCCCAGGGGGUGCCCAUUCAGCUCCAUCCUCCGUACAGCUCUGAGCAUGCAAAGGUUCCCAUUGGCUCCAUCACCAUGGGACUGCCCUUGAUGGAUCCAAAGAAGCUGGUGCCUUUCCCUGGAGUCAAGCAGGAGCAGCUGUCUCCUAGAAGCCAGGCCAACCAGCCUGAGAACCUAGUAAUGCAGACGUCCCAGGAGAGCUCCAUCCUGAGGGGGGCAGCACUGGGCCCAGCCUCUGGAGGGAGCAUCACAAAGGGAAUCCCCACCUCCAGGCCUCCUCCAGAAUCGCCCAUCACCUAUCGAGGCUCCAUCACCCACGGCACCCCAGCUGAAGUGCUGUACAAAGGAACCAUUACCAGAAUAAUCGGAGAAGACAGCCCCAGCAGAGCGGAGAAAGUGAGAGAGGAUGCCUUGCCCAAAGGACAUGUCAUUUAUGAGGGGAAGAAAGGCCACGUGCUGUCUUAUGAUGGUGGCGUUGCUGCUUCCCAGUGCCCCAAGGAGGACAGCCGGAGUUCUGGUGGCUCCCACGAGACCACGGGUACCAAACGGACCUACGAUAUGAUGGAGGGGAGGAUCGGCCGGGGCUUAUCGGCCCGCGACAUGUCAUCUGCAAGCAUCGAAGGUCUUAUGGGCAGAGCCAUCCCCCCCGACGGUCCCCACAACUUAAAGGAACAACAUCAUAUCCGGGGCUCAAUCACACAAGGAAUACCUCGAUCCUAUGUGGAGGCCCAUGAGGACUACCUCAGAAGAGAAGCCAAGCAGCUCAAGAGAGAAAACACUCCACCAAGGGACUUAUCAGACCCCUACAAGGGGCGGCCUCACGAGGGCCUCACGCCCUUGAAAAUGAAAUCAGCCCACGAGGGGCUGGUGGCCACGGUGAAAGAAGCAGGAAGGUCAAUCCACGAGAUCCCCAGGGAGGAAUUAAGGCGCACACCUGAUAUCCCCGUAGCCACAAGGCCUCUGAAGGAAGGCUCCAUUACACAGGGUACCCCGCUGAAGUACGACAACAAUCCUUCAUCAGUAAGUGCCAAAAAGCAUGACGUCCGCUCCAUUAUCGGAAGCCCAGGGAGGACUUUUCAUUCUGUGCACUCGCUGGACGUCAUGCAGGACCCGCGGAACCUGGAGAGGGCUUGUUACGAGGACAGCGUGAAAAGCCGGCCCAGUUCGGUGACAAACUCUGGAGGUUCAAUUACCAGGGGAGCCCCGGUGAUUGUGCCUGAGCCUGGAAAGCCUCGCCAUAGCCCUCUCGCCUACGAGGACCACCAGUCAGCCCACGGGACAGCGUUCAGUAGUCACCUGCACAGGGGUUCUCCAGUAUCCACAAGGGAAUCCACCCCAAGGCAGCAUGAAGGGAGUAUCACUUCUGGGAAGCCAGUGUCCCAGGACAGAAAGAUCACCCCCACGCCGAGAGAAAUGUCCAGCUCCAAGUCCCCUCACGCCACCGUCUCGGACCACCACCACCCCAUGUCGCCGUACGAGCACUUGCUGCGGGGAGUGAGCGGCGUCGACCUGUACCGGGGACACAUCCCACUGGCCUUCGACCCUGCCGCGAUUCCCAGGGGAAUUCAACUGGAAGCAGCCGCUGCUUACUACUUGCCCAGGCAUCUUGCUCCGAGCCCAACAUACUCCCACCUCUACCCGCCAUACCUCAUCCGAGGGUACCCAGACACAGCCGCCAUGGAGAACAGGCAGACCAUCAUCAACGACUACAUUACCUCCCAGCAGAUGCACCACAACGCUGCCGCCGCCUCAGCCAUGGUGCAGCGGGCAGACAUGCUGCGCGGACUCUCCCCUCGCGAGCCUUCUCUGGCUCUCAACUAUGCAGCAGGUCCUCGAAGAAUAAUCGACCUGUCUCAAGUGCCACACCUGCCUGUCCUCGUACCACCCACACCUGGCACUUCUGCCCCCCCCAUGGACCGAAUCACCUACAUGCACAGCACCCCCCAAGCUUUCAGCAGCCGACACAGCAGCUCCCCACUCUCCCCAGGAGGCCCCACCCACCUGACCAAGCAGACGGGAGCGUCGGCUUCCGAGCGGGAGCGGGAUCGAGAGCGGGAGCGGGAACGCGAGAGGGAGCGGGAGAAAUCCAUGCUCACGGCCACCACAGUGGAGCACGCCCCCAUCUGGAGGCCAGGUACUGAGCAGAGCAGCAGCCGUUCAUCCGCACACUCUCACAGCCACCAGCACUCUCCUGUCUCACCCCGCACCCACGACACUGUCCAGCAGCGCCCCAGCGUGCUCCACAACACAGGCAUGAAGAUCCUGUCCUCGGACAACCCCACCCCCUCGGUCCUGCGGUCCUCCUCCACCACUACCACUUCACCGAUACGCUCUGCAGGCUUCCCCCAAGCAUCUGCCUUGCGCUCACCCAUGGACGGCUAUGCAGCCAUGAUGGACCCUUCCACCUUGCAAAAAGAGUCGUCAAGGGCCCGAGAAGCCAAGGUAGAACGCCCUCAGACUGACAACAACUUAUACACCUCAAAGCUGCCCAGUGGGACGCACCUAGAGCAGUCAUCGUCACCUAUUAAAGCCACGGAGUCUAGGCCCUUACCAGUCUCGGGGCCAGGUUCUUCUCAGCCGUAUAGCAGAGGACAGGGGAAAAACCAGCAGCACCAUCCACCCCUGGAACAGCAGCAUGCAGCUUCGGUCAAUGAGCAGCACAGUAGAGAAAAGAGUCAAAGUAAACCCUUUUCAAUGCAGGAACAGGAGCUCCGAGCACUCGGCUUCCACGGAGGCUACAGCCCCGAUGGCAUUGAAGCAGUGAGCCCCGUGAGCUCGCCCAGCAUCUCCCACGAGAAAGGGGCAAAGCUGCCGCAGGACGUGGAGAAAGGGCACGGAGAGCACGACAUGAGGCAGAAGCAGCAAGCUGCUCUGAAGCCCUCGAUGACUGAAGGAGCUCACAUGCAGCACCUGCGCCAGCUGCCCGAAGGCCAGCCAUCCCAGGGGCAGCCGCCACCCUCGGCCCAGAACCUCAAGGGGCACCAGCGGGUCGUCACCCUGGCUCAGCACAUCAAUGAGGUUAUCACCCAAGACUACACGCGCCAUCACCCUCAGCAGAUCAGCCCCCACAUCCAGCCCCCUGUCUACUCCUUCCCUGGAGCCACGUGCCCCGUGCUGGAUCUGCGUCGCACCCCCAGUGAGGCCUAUCUCCCGCUGCCCCAAGAGCACACGCCAGGCUCCAAAAUCGCCCUGCAGAAUGAAGGGGGCAAAAGGUCUCCCGAGCAGAGCAAAGCAUCUGCAGUGGGGGCACCAGACAACGGCAUUGAGCCUGUGUCGCCACCAGACGGCAUGGGAGACCCAGAGCACAUGAAGAGUGCCGCAUACCCGCUCUUGUACCGGGAAGGAGAGCCAAUGGAGCAAAGAAUGGGCUCCAAAUCCCCAGGAAACAACACCCAGCCCCCUGCCUUCUUCAGCAAACUGACCGAGAGCAACUCCGCCAUGGUGAAGUCCAAAAAGCAGGAGAUCAUCAAGAAGCUCAGCACGACCAACAAGAGUGAGACGGAGUACAAUGUUGGGCAGCCCGGGACAGAGAUUUUCAACAUGCCAGCGAUUACCGGAACAGGGCUAAUCAGUUGUAGAAGCCAGUCGGUUCAAGAAAAUUCCAGUACCAACAUGGGGUUGGAGGCAAUAAUUAGGAAGGCCCUAAUGGGUAAAUAUGACGAACAGUGGGAAGAGCGCUCGCCUCUCAGUGCCAAUGCCAAUGCUUUUAACUCUCUGAAUGCCAGUGCAAGCGCACCUGCUGCUAUGCCCAUAACUGCUGCUGACGGACGGAAUGAGGACAUGCGCUCUGUGCCAGGAGGAGGAGGGAAGCCAAAGAUGGCUGCCAGACCGAACAGCCGCAAGGCCAAGUCUCCAGCGCCGGGCCUGUCCUCCGGAGAGAGGCCGCCGUCCGUUUCUUCCGUUCAUUCUGAGGGGGACUGUAACAGGAGGACACCUCUAACCAACCGGGUCUGGGAGGACAGGCCUUCAUCCACAGGUUCAACGCCAUUUCCAUACAAUCCACUAACAAUGAGGCUUCCAACUGGCGUGGUGACAGCCACGCCGCCAACAUCCAUUCCACAAGGGAACCCCAACAGCCAGCACCACACCUGGGAGGAAGAGCCCAAGCCCCUGCUCUGCUCACAGUACGAGACACUUUCAGACAGUGAAUGAAAGAGUGUGGAGGGAUAACAGCCAACCAACCAACCAACCACGUGGGUAAGCAAGCUGGCCGGGGUGAACUCUGACCAUAUCAGUCCUGGGAGCCAUCCGCACUGACCCUGCAAGCCAAGAAGCGGGAGCAGCGCUUUGUCCAGUCACUCAAUUUUAUUUUAUUUUUUUCUCACGCCUGGAAAUUUCUGAAUCAUCUUCAGUCUAAAGCCUUAAUAAGACAGACAGAUGGACCCCAGCCUCGUUCUCUUUCCAGUACCAGUGUCAUCGUGAAAUGGUCCAUGAGCUUGAGACGCAGUCCACAAACAGCUGAUUGGGAUGAUGGUGACGGGGGAGGGAGUGGGACGGCUGCGCCCUGCCCUAGAGCAGCUCUGUAGGAUACAAUCGAUCACUGAAUUCAGUUGUUUACUCAGGGGAUACCACCCGGUGCUCCAGUUGUGCUCUUUCGCUUUGAUGAGAACAAGGAAAGCCCCAUUGUUCUUGGGAGCACAGUACGUGUGCUUGGGCAUGUGUGCACGCAUGCAUAUACCAUAUGCGUGUGUGUGCACCCAUAGAGUGUAUACUCUGCCUGCACACUCGUGCUGCCUGCUAUCGAGUACUUGAAGUAGGAUCAGACUCCCCUUCCCCAACCUCCGAACCAUUCCAAGGGUUUCCCAGCACACAGGCUGUGCCACUGAAAUAUGCAGUCUUUCGUGGCAGGGUGGAGGGAAAUGAAAUUUAAAAAAAUGUCCUGCUUCUCUUGCUGAUUUGGAUGGUCUUCAUGCACCUUCUGCAUGAGGUUUCCUUGCCCAGCAGCACUGUCGACACAUCGGGCACCGGAAAGUUGUAAACGAAUGCACGGUGCUGGACGGGGAUGGGGAGAGCGAGUUGAGGAUCCAUUUAAAAAUUCCUUUGGAGAACAAAAUCUUGGGCUCAGAUUGUAAUGGAAAGAGAUUUCCCAUGUCAUGAUGCGCUCUCUGCAGAAGGGACUUGUUGCUUUAAGUGCAUUGUUUUCUGAAUGGCAAGAAAAGGCAAUUGUAAAUGAUGUAUUGGUCUACAGGGUAUAUUUUUGAUACCUUCAGUGAAUUAUGUCGAGAUGUUUUACGAAAGGACUUGAAAACAGUAUUACUUGCUGUAAAAGAGGUUCUGUUAUUACGUGCAGGCUUUGAUGAGUUUGUCCAUUGUAUGGAAAUGUAAAAUGGUAACAUUGAUCCAUCAAAGUCAUCCAUAAGUCAGUAGAAUGUAUUAACUUAGUUUUAAAAAGAUAUUGCCACAACUGUAGGGACUCCUCAUUAUUACACAUGCUGUUCCUAAUCCAAGAGGGAUCUUAUUCUAGUCACAGAGGUUUGUUCUCCAGCAUGGAGAUCUCAAGAGAGCCUUUCAGGAGAUCCCGUCAGUAGGGGAGGUUGAGGGUGGGCCUGAAGUCGGGAGGGAGCUCACAAGAAACUUAAAGAUGGUUUUUAUUGUAUUUUUCUGAUACACAUGAGUGCUCUACGUUAUUUUUCAUUCCAUGAUGUUGGAUCAUAUCUGCAGUUACAUGGUUAAAGAACAAAAAUAUUAGACUUUUUUCAUUCACUUCUGCUCUCUUGCUCUGGGGGGGAAAAAAAGGCAAAAAAAAAUGUAUUAAAUGCUUUGCGUUCUGUAUGCUAAAGGAAAAAAGACCAGGACACAGACUUUCUGCCUCUUCCGUUGCCUGCUGAAACAAGCACCUGCAGUGUUACAAAAUCUUUCUCAUUUGAUAAGAGUUUGUCAAAGAAAGAGGAUCAUAUCGUCAAACUAUCAGUGGUUAUUUUUUUUCCCCUACAGUGUUCCAAGGAUGAAUCUGAUUUCAAAGCAACAGAAAGAUAAGAUGGUGUUUGUUGUUUGGGUUUGGUUAUAUUUUUCUUGUUUGUUUUCUACAAUGUACAGGUGUUUUUUUUAAUGUUCA